UUAUGCAAAAAGCAACCAACCCACAUUCUGAAAAAAAACGGGAUAUUGCCAUCUACUGAUUUAAAAAUACCCAUUCUACAUUCUGCAGAAAGCUACCAAGCCAUCCUAUAUAUUUGUCCUUGUAAAAUGCGUAACCAUUUCGGCUAUGUUCGCUAAUCCGGCUUUUCAAAUUUUGCAUAAAACAACCAUUCCACUUGGAUUAUUGGUAUGAUUGAUAUUAUUUAAUUUCCUCGUCAAAUAUUAGAAACCAAGUGGGUUGGUUUUAUUUUGCAAAAUCAAAUUUUUAAAAAAUUCCCCCAUUUUUACCAACCAAGUGGGUUGGUAUUAUUAUGCCGAAUAUAACCUCACUUUAUUAGUAUCGCAUAACUUUGUUAUCGUGUUGAUGCGUGUAUGAAACGACUUCUUGAGAUGUGUUAAACAGCGCGUAUUUUUGAUCAACAGUGUUUAACUUACUAACGAGCCAAUAUGUUCAAAUCCAGAACUGAAAAAAUUAUGAGCGAUGCUCGAAAAAUUGCCGAAAAAGAUCGAGGUCCUACAAGUUAUGUAAAUAUCCCAGAUUUGCAUCAACAACUUGAAGCACAUUCAAGCGAAUUUUGUGACAGACCAACAGACUUCUCGAAUCCCCAAGAAAUCGGCAUACAAGAAGGUAUAUUACUUUUUUCUUGUUUCCUAAAGAAAAUAAUCUUCAUUUCCUGUACAAAGUUCCAGGAAAAAAUAUUUGAAGGUCUUAUCAACAUUUCAAUGUCUUUCUUUGCAAUUUCAGAACAAAAUACAACUGAUGACGAUAAAACAUCCUACUCUCCUGUUACUAUGUUUGAUAGUACCUCAAACUUUCAAUCGAACCAUCCAAUUGCAGAAUUCGUUGAUGAAACAAACAACAACAAUGGUUCUAAUUUAUUAGAAUCAAUGCCAGGUCCCAGUUACAAUGUUUGUAAUAAGAACAGAUUGAGAAAACGGCCGGAAUGGGUUGAUAAUGCAGGUCCCUCUGACAUAGAAGACAGUGACGACUCUAUUGCAGAUCCAUCAUAUGAAGUAAAUGAUGCCGGUAAUCAACCACGUCACAUAGCUGCUGAUAAAAACAAUAUAGAAAGUGACAGUUCCAGUGAAUCGUCGAUCGAGUCCAAGGAACAAGGAAGGCCUAAGAAAGGACGUAAACGUAAACAUAAAGAGCAAAAUAGAGCCCAAAAGAAAAUUAAUAAAGACAGUAAUGAAACAUACUUCAACUACAAAGGUAGAAAAGUAGAACCAAAACAGUUCGAAGAUUACCGUUGCAGCUGUCCAAAAAAGUGCUCAGAAAAAGUAUGUAUCGAAGAAAGAAAGGAGCAGUUUACCAGGUUUUGGUCACUGAAGUCGUACAAUGCACAAACUUCAUUGCCGCCGCAGUCAUCGAAUACCCGAAGCAACGACUAUAUGGACGGAAUGCUACUAAAAGGACCUUUUCCAGAAAAUACAAGCUUGGUGAGGAGAUCGUCUGUCGCAAUACUUUCGUCAAGACUUUAGGAGUAUCAACGUUCAGGGUUAAUACGGCUUU